AUGGCUCUAAUCCUCCAGUUUCCAGAUUCGACUACUGCAAUCAUGCCGUCGCCGGCUUUCUCCCCCCGCUUUCAUGUGGAUGCUGUUCGCAUGGGCUCGUACUCUUGUGAUGCUGUUGCAUUUGCAUGGUUGAUCCUGCACGGCCGAGUCGGUCUCGGCAUUCGCCAGCUGUCGUAUUGA